UACCUCUGAAAAACUGAAAGCUCUCAACUGUGGGAAUGAUACUUUCGGUUUUGUUUUUACUUAAUUCUCGCUAAACCUGCAGUGGUUUAUGAAAUUCAGACAACCAGAAUGUAAAACUAAUGCAGAACUUUUACAAUGUUCAGAUGCUUCAAUCUUCUGAUUCUGCUGUUUUGCCUCAUCUAUCAUAGCGGAACCGGCUCUGUAGGAACAUCUGAACAUCUGUCAGGAGAAAAGGGAGGCAACGUCACCCUAACAUGUGAAUUUGGGGACAGUGAGAUCCUUGGUAUUGAUUUAUUCAGUCGGUCAAACCCCAUCUCUGUUUGUCAGGAGAAAAACUGUAGCGGACGAAUAUUUAAAAAAAGAGACUGCGAUGUCAUCAUCAAGGAUCUCGUCUUCAGUGAUGCUGGGAAAUACAUUUUGAAAGUCUACUAUAAUACUCAGAAGACACAAAUCAGGGAGUACCAUCUUCAUAUUCAUGAUGAGAUUAUUGUGAAGAAAGGCAAACCACUGAAGUUAGAUGUUCUGUUGUCCAAUGCUGAUAAAGUGGAGAAAAACUCCAGUGAAGGGUGGAAGGAGAUCUGGAACCGAACUAGUGGGGUCCAGGAUGAUCAUCUGUCUGACCGUGAUGGGAACCUGACCAUUAAAGCAUUUAUGGACAGUGACACAGGAACAUACAGAGUUCUGGACUUUGAAAAUAACACCUUGAUCACAGUCACAAUCACAGAAUCUAGUACAGAAUCUGACUCAAAGAGGACAGAUGAUGACAAACCUAAUGCCCCUGAACAACAUACUGUAAAGAUUGUGAUUGGUGUACUGACUGUGUUUGGGGGAUCAGUGGAUGCUAGGAAUAUUAUUUAUAAAGUGCACAAAUCUAGUACAGAAUCUGACUCAAAGAGGACAGAUGAUGACAAACCUAAUGCCCCUGAACAACAUACUGUAAAGAUUGUGAUUGGUGUACUGACUGUGUUUGGGGUUCUGGUGGUUCUGGCUCUUAUAAUUGUUGUCAUCAAGAAAAGCCAACCUGUGAAUGGAGGUUUCUUGCCAGUCCGCUGGAUAAGAGGGACACAUGAGGACUCAUAA